AUGGGCUUUAGCUUAUCUGUCUUGGGUAAAUUCUUCAAGUUGGGGCUUCAACCAGACGUCUUCACCUUCACCACUCUAAUCAACGGCUUUGUUCUCCACAAUCAAGUGCCUGAGGCUGCACGAAUUUUCACCAAAAUGCUGGAGGAAGGUCGUUGUAAGCCCAAUGUGGUUACUUGCAACACACUUAUAAAGGGCUUUUGCAUGAGAGGAAACAACAGAGCUGCAAUUCAAUUACUUAGGAACAUGGAAGAAAGAGGAUGCCAGCCUGACAUAGUUUCCUAUAGCACCAUCAUCGACAGUCUUUGCAAGGAUACACUUAUUGAUGAAGCAAUGAACCUCUUCUCGGAAAUGACUAGUGGAGGCACCUUCAAUAUCUUGGUUGAUACAUUCUCUAAGGAGGAGAUGGUUGUGGAAGCCAAAAGUGUGGUUGACAUGAUGAUUCAAAGACAUAUUGAGCCUGAUACGAUUACUUACAACUCACUUAUGGACGGUUACUGUCUGCGAGGAGAAAUGGACGAGGCAAGUCAAGUUUUUGAUCUUAUGAUUAGCAAGGGCUCCAUGGUUAAUGUUUGGAGUUGUAACACAUUGAUUAACGGAUAUUGCAAGGGUAAAAAGGUUGAUAAGGCUAACGAGAUUUUCAAGGAAAUGCGUCAUAUGGAAUUACUUCCCAAUACCAUUACUUAUAACACUCUUAUUGAUGGUCUUUGCAAAGCGGGGAGACUACAAGAAGCAGAAAAGUUGUUCUCUCAGAUGCUAGCUUGUGGCCAGCUUCCAGAUGUUCAAACCUAUGCUGUUUUGCUUGAUGGCCUGUGUAACAACCAGCAACUUUCUACGGCAAUAGAAUUGCUUAAAGAAAUGGAAGCCAACAAAGUAGAACUUAAUAUUGUCGUUUACACUCUUGUUAUUGAAGGUUUGUGCAAAGCUGGAACAAUUGAAUCCGCAAGUGUUCUCUUCUGUGGUUUGUCAUCAAAAGAAGUUCAGCCUAAUGUCAGAACAUACACUCAGAAAAGUUGCCGAGAGAACUGGGAGGGAAAGGAUGUUCUCCAAAUGGUUGCACCUAUAACACAUUAUCCGAGGGUUGUUAUUUGUUAA